AUGUCGGCACAACACCGGAGUCCGGACGACGAAAGUCUGGAGCGAGACCGAGUCGGCGUCGGUCCACACUCGCGUGCAGAUACGCGCAGACAGGUCAUACACCAUGUUUUGAUUGGCCAGCAGCUGAUUCCCGGGAUUCUGACUGAUCUGGGGACUGAGAACAUCAGGUUGCUUGAGUAUAUGGAGGUUGUCAACGCAGGUCGUAACGAGGUUCAUAGAUAG